UUACCAUCUCUACCCCCGUCACUACCGCCAUCACCACCACAAGUCAAUCUGAGUACUCCUUCAAUCUGCAUAGAUCAUAAUAUGGCUAAGCCAGCAGUUUUCGCUCUAGCGAUUCUUUUUGCUACGACGACAGCAGCCGCACAAAAUGAUAGUCUAGGACCUAUCGUCGACCUAGGCUAUGCGAAAUAUCUCGGAAAACGCAAUGACGCAUUCAACGUGAAUGAUUACCGCGGGAUCCCCUUCGCCGCAGCACCCACCGGCCCUCUUCGCUGGAAAGCACCACAGCCUUACAUUGCACCCAGCAAUCUCUCAGACUUGCCUAUAAAUGCCACAGUACCUGGUUCACCUUGUGUACAAGGCGUGCCCUACUGGAUCGCCCCGGGGCCAAUUCCGGUCUCUGGCUCUCAAGAUUGUCUUGUCCUCGAUGUCAUAACACCUGACGAUGUUACGACAGACUCGAAGAUGCCUGUUGUAGUCAGCAUCCAUGGAGGUGGAUACACCCUUGGUGACGCAAGUCAAGCCCCGCCAUAUGCACUCAUGCGACACUCGGAUAACGCAUUCAUCUUCGUGAAUAUCCAGUACCGAUUGGGUGCCUUUGGCUUCAUGGGUGGCAAGAAGUUUGUGGAAGAAGGGGGAGCUGAGAACCUAGGCUUACUCGACCAACGCAUGGCUUUAGAGUGGAUACAGAAAAACAUUGGUGCUUUUGGCGGCGACGCACAACAGGUCACAAUUCUCGGUGGCAGUGCGGGUGGUGGAAGCGUGACGGCAAUGUUGGCAUGGAAAGGAGGUGUUGAAAACCCACCGUUUCGGGCUGCGGUUGCAGAUUUCCCAUACUGGCAACAGCAUCUCCGCGAAGAACAACUCGAUGCACAGUUCGCUCGCCUUUUGAACGCGACAGAUUGCCCGGAUAUGGAUUGUUUGCGAGCACUUCCGGAAGAUGUGCUGAACGAAGCCACUCAAACAACAUACACGAUGGCAUACACCGAAGGUGCUUAUGGAUUCGGGCAUUACUACUAUGGGCCCUACGUGGACGGCGAAAUAUUGCGCGAUCUUCCUUCGAAGGAAUACAAGUCUGGCAACUUUGCGAAAGUACCGUUGUGGUUGAGCAGAGAAGGCUAUGAAGGCGUGACCGCCACCAAUACUUCACUGAGCACGGUAGAAGAAGAGAAAGCCGAUCUUGCCAUCCAGUUCCCAUAUGCCAACCAGGACUUCAUUGACUCUAUCUAUGAGCUCUGGCCUAGCGAUGAGUUCAAUUCCACCUUCUAUCACCGAGCAACUUGGUAUGGCGACUUUGUCAUCAAUUGCCCGACCUAUUAUGUCGGAUCUUCAGUAAUAGCAUCCAAGAACACGCAAGUCUACAAGAUGAUCUUCAACACCGGCACAAAACUACACGGUUCCACCGGACCGUUUCUGAUUGAUCCGAACUAUGGAUCGCAACCGGGCGAGAAUAUCACCGUGGCAGACUCGAUGAAAGACUGGUAUAUCUCCUUCGCAAUUCAUGCCGACCCCAAUUACCAGAGCUGGAGCAAUGUUUCUAAGCCGCUGUGGGAGGAAUACUCUACUGGUCAAGUGCUGAGCAUCAACGAUACUGAGAUCGGGGCUGUCAGCGAUCAAUACUACGAUGCCACGGAGAGGUGCCAGUUCUUUUGGGAUAACGGAGAGAUUGUGCAGCAUUAG